AAUCUGCUAGAUCUCUGCUAUGAGUCAAGAGAGGUAUCUUAAUAAUCAAAUCCUUGUUUUUGUUUCGUAAAAUCAGUUUUUUAACAUAACUUAGAGCAGUGGUUCUCAACCUUUCAAAUGCCACGACCCUUUAACACAGUGCCUCAUGUUGUGGCGACCCCUAACCACAAAAUAUUUAUCGUUAGCUGCUUCAUAACUUUUGGGUAUAUGUGUUUUCCGAUGGUCUUAGGCGACCUCUCUGAAAGGGUGAUUCGACCCCCAGGUUGAGAACCGCUGACUUAGAGCUUCCUUAAUUCAAACGUACAAUAUUACUUAAAUUUCUUCAAAGGCUAUCUCUUGGAAAACUUCUAUAGAAGCAUAUGUUAAACAAUUAAUUUUUAAAGCUACAUCUUCUUCACCUUACAUUUAUUUUCCUCUAAUGCUUGAUGCUUUUUAAAAAAAAAAUUAUGACACAUACUAAUUUUUUCUCAUUAAUACAAAUAAAAAAAAGGCUUAAACAUCCACUGAAGCUAAACAUUUUUUCUCAGGUCUGGAGUGUAUCUGAGCUUAAAACCAGGCAGCCAUUUGCAGAUGAGUUUGAUUUUGUUGGUGUAGUCAUUCGACUGGACAUGGCUGCAAAGUGAGUGUUAAAGGAUAACAAGAUCCCUAUGAGUACCAAAGCAAUUUAUUAUUUCAAAAAAUAAAUCUUGUCUACCUCACAUUAAUAUUUAAAUAUUUGGUUCAUAAUAAAUGGGUGCAUCUUUUUGUUCAUCCUCAGUCUUGUGUUAGCUGCAGACCAGAGCAAGGAUGUACUCACUAUCAAAGUCUCAUCUGUCUCACAGGUACACAAAACAGUUUAUUUGAGUACCUAUUUCAUUGAAACUUGAUAUAACAUGUUAUAUAAAUGUUAGGGUACAGAAGACAAUAUUUAGUCUCUACCAAACCAAAAAUUAAAUGACAAAAUUUUAUAUAUAAAAAUAUUUGUGUAACACAUAAGAAAGAUUAAAAACUAUAAACUCACUAGGUAGAGCCGCCAAACAUUGGCGGCGUGAACUUCCCAUCUAGUAAAGUUACUUGACAAAACAUGAACUCAAGUAACGCACAUUUAAGAAUCCCAAUAUUUGCUACACCCCUUCCCCCAUGAUACAUUUUUUAUUUCACGCCCAUGAACUUUAUUAAUAUUCUCAUGUCCCAACCACUUUUAAACCGAAUAUUUUUUACACAAUACUUAAAUUGAGACGAUUUCAUUUCUGAAAAGAAAAUAUUAUGCACCAAACGCAAUUGCGUUAUUAAAAAUAUAUAUAUAUCAUGUAGCGUAGUUAUCGGGAAUUAUAUUUUGCGCACUAGUGAACUCAUUAUUUAACCACACUCUGGCAUAUCUAUAUAUAGCCUGCGUGGUGGUGUUUGACCUUUGCUGGCGAAUUAUAUAUAUAGAUGUGAUGAGUUUUUAGUUUUUCUUUGUGUAAAAACAUAAAUAUUUUUUUGUAGUUGCAUAUAUUAGAAUGCAAUUAAAAAUUAAUAACUGAAUCUUUUUUUAAAAAUUUGGUUUCUGAGUUCUGUUAGAUUCCCUAAACUGACUGGUUUAGCUUGUGACCAACUCAUCUGUUUUCCAAGAUACUAAUGAUGAUCUCAAUUUAUUAGUUGAAUGAACUUUCUUAUUAGUAAUAAUAAAACCAAAAGAAGCAGCUUAAUGGCAAAGUCACUCCAUUUUAAUAGUGGACAGUUACAAUAGUAAAACUUUUUUUUUUUCUUCUCAACAUCCUAAACACUUUUUUUUUCAUUUAAGGUCAACAACCUCAGAGAAGGUCAAUGUUUUGUGGCCAGCAACCUGAAAUUGAGUAAGUCAUCCCUUCCUAACAGGCAAUCAGCGUUGAUAGCUUAUGCCAGGCCUGAGUUCACAAGCUUCUCCACAUCAGGCAUGUCCAGCAGAUAUUCACAUAUAUUUUCUCUAGUGGAGAAAAUGAGUAAGGUAAUAGAGAUGCUUGAACUUGUAUAAUGUUAUUUUAAUGGGGCUUUGGAUAAGAAUUCAAUGAAUGCCAACACAUUGUACUUAAGUUGAACAUUUUAGCAAAACUAUUUGUUAUUCUAAAAAAGUAUUUGACAGUGGUGUGCUACAAUAAGUGUUGUUAUUCUUAAAUCACAAUUACUAAUGUUGCUUAUACUAUAGAUUCCAGACUUUGUCAAGACCAUGCAGAAGGAAUUAUAUGCGAGCACAGCUUCUUCAUCAGCAUAUGUUAGGACAAGGGAUGAUGGCAAGACUGCAGGAUUUCAAGUGAGUCCAUUUCAUUACUUCCUCAGAUAAUUAUUUGUUCUUAAGUUUUUCUUCUGUUCUCUAUCAAGUCUUGAAAUUUAAAUAAUACUGAUACUGAUACUCAGGGAAUAUAUAAAUGUUUAAAGUAAAACUUGAUGGAUUUUAUUUACUAUUAAAAUUAUGACACUUUUAAGUUUUCCUAACCAUGCAGUAUCUUUUUAAGAUUUGGAAAUGUAAGAAGUCUUACACACUGUCCUUGUAAACUCUUGAACAAAUCAUUGCUACUGUUAAUUCUUUUGAAUCCACAAAGAGCAGAAACUUAUUUCUAUUGUUUCUAUAAAUUACAUUAAUGAUUUGACCCCAUUCUGUCCAAUGAUUUAAUCUAAACAUACAAUUGUAUAUGAGCUCUUUCCUCUCUCUAAAAAUACUCAUAAUCAUCUUAUCAUAAAAAAUAGAAAUUUUAGUCACCUGAUUAUAAAGCUUUAUGUUUACUGUGAAUGUCACAGAAAAUUUGUUCUGACCUUGAACUUUUGAUUUAUCUGUGAUUGAAUUUAUUGAAGUUUCCCUGCUGGUUCAGUUUCUAGAUCUUUUGUUAUCUCUGUCUUUGGUGUAUAGUUAUUAACAGUUAUCUGUUCUUUUAUUUACUCUGGUUUUUAAAAAAACAGCGGAUAUGUGCGCUAGAUAAUUUAUUUUACGUGGAAAUUCAAGGAUUAAUUUUUUUCGUUUGCUGUGCUGUUUAUUUAAUGAAUUAGAGUAAGGUCAGUACCGUAUUGGAGUUGAUUGGAUUUCAGUUUGAGAACAUUUUCUUUGGUUAUUUCUGAAAUUUUGGUUUUUUGACGGUUGUUUUACUGUUUAUUUGGCUAGAUUGUACUCACAAAUCUUUCUUAACACAAAACAUUUACGUUAAACAAUAGACAUUAAAUUUGGUAAAAUUGCCUUCUCUGCAGCUGAACACUGAAGAUUUUCCAGCUGAUGUCAUUGAGAAACUGUUUAGCCCAAUGAGCCAAGCCCCAAACAGAUCAUCAGAGAAUGGGACGAAGGCUAGACUCAACAGAGAGGCUAAAAAUGAUGUGCAUGGUAGGUCAGACCAACUCUCACCGUGUCAAAAUGGAACAGACCUCAUCCAAUCGGAGAUUCUGAAGAAGAAAAAAUUGAUUUUGCAAGAGAAAAUGGCCAAACUUCUAGCCUAUGAUCGCCCUUCACCUCUGACCCCAUUACCUAUUGGAGGAUCACCAGCCAGC